AUCUCGUAAUCUUGUUUCAAAAUAAAAUAUCUCUUAACCUAACAUAGGAGGCCGCACUGUCUAGCUUGGAUUUUCCUUAUCCGAUCAAGCAACCAAUCAUUCCACUCACUUAUCGAGGAUAAGGCCGUACGUAGACCCGCAGUCGUGCCCAGUCAUGGCGGAUCAACGUCGGCCGCAGCCGGCCCAGCCAGCGCGGCACCUCCACCUUCCUGCUGCGCCCACUUGACCAUAGCCUGCAGUAGCAGCCAACUUGACACGUGCUCACAUAAGCUCGUUUUAGCUAGAUUUUCUCCGGUUCACUGCAUCUAUCUUUGGUCCGUUGGUAUCAUGCAAUUGGCCUUCCAUCUUCCGUAGGUCCCCUAAGAAGAUUUACCUUUGGUUUUUCUCCUUAUCUAUGGCUCUUCAUCGGCUAGAUGCAUGCAUUUGCAUGGUUGUGUUGAGUUAUGGCGGUACUGGUUAGCGAGUGGAUUAUGGUGCUGACCAAACACCUUGUACCCUCGUCUGUCUCCCUUCCCUCUUGGCUUCCAACCAAGGCAGAGUACUCUCGUCUCUGUUUUUCUCUGUUUUACGUACUACUCCCUCCGUAAACAAAUAUAAAAGUGUUAUAUUUGUUUACGGAGGGAAUAGCUUCUAUCUUUUGAGAGUUGGGUGACAGUGCCUGUCUAUCUUUCUACCCGGGCUAUAGCUUUUUACCUGUGCUACACUAGUGGCAGAGCCCGGGUGCUUAUUUUGUGCUCUUUUCUGUAAACAAAGAGUUCUCUCGUCGGCAACUAAUACUGCACUAGUGGUUUGAUGUGGCCUGAAAAGUGAAAAGUGAAGACUAACUGCUCCAAGUGGGUAUGAGUUUAGGUUAGUAGAUGUUCAUGAACACAAGUGGGAAGGAAGGUACUCCCUCCGAUCCUUUUUACUUCGCAUAUUAGAUUUUUAUGAAAUCAAACAUUACAAAGUUUGACCAAAUUUAUAUUAAAAAUAUCAAUAUCUACAAUACCAAAUAUAUAUAUAUAUAUAUAUAUAUAUAUAUAUAUAUAUAUAUAUAUUAUGAAACUACAUCUCAUAAUGCAUCUAACAAAAUUUGUUUAGCAUUGUGAAUAUUCAUACUUUUUUCUAUAUGUUUGGUCAAAAUAGAGAUGCAUUGAUUUAGGACAAAAACUUAUAUGCAAACUAAAAAGGACCGGAGGGAGUAAUAUACUAUCUAAAACUAGACACCGUACAGCCGACGACGAGAUCCCCCUAGUUUGAACUCUGAACCCUAGUCUCGCCUCUCUUUUAGCUGCUAGUUUCUGAUGAGUUGGGUAUAGGAGUGCCUGUCUAUCUUUCUAUCCCGUAUGGACCCGGUAACUGAAUGUUAACUUUUGACGGUCACCCAAAUGUGACGUGUGCUUUUCAGUGAGAAAAACUCCGGCUAGCUUUUUACCUAUGCGAUCUUUCCGGUAUCCGUGUGUUUGCCCAUGUAAUUAACCAGAUGGUAGGCGUUUCAUCGCUUUCAGUUCAGAGCCUGGGUGCUUUUUGCACUUUUUUUGUAAACAAAAGAGCGGCAAAUUUUUAUUUAUUGAGUAAAAGAGGGUUCCCCCUUCAAUUUCAUUUAAAUAAAUCAAAUAAAAUAAACAUAAGGAUUCAUGGCCUCAGCCAUAUUAGUCUAAACAGUCCAAGACACUACUACCGUACGGCCGACGACUCGACCGACCGGCCUAAUUUUGAACUGAUCUGAACCCUGAUAUCUGCACUAAACAACAACUCUAGGGUCGGGUCCGAGAAAAUGGUCGCUAGUGAUUGCUCGAUUGCUUGUGUUUACAACCUGGUGAGUACCUACCACUUACCUGCAGGGUGUAAUAAGGACUAACGACCACGCGCUUGGUACCCUGUACUGUAUGGACAAACGUCUGAACAUAGCAUCAGUUUUAUUGCCGUUUGGUGUCGACAGAGGAGUAUAUUAUUACAUUUAAGGUUAAUGAAACACGCUACGUAGUUUUGUGAUAACCUAACUAAUAGUUAUAGGUGUACGUACAUGCAUGCACUGACCAGCAUAAAGAUUUAUAGGUUUACGUGUGUACUCCCUCCGUUCCAAUUACUCGUCGUGGUUUUAGUUCAAAUUGAACUAAAACCACGACGAGUAAUUAGAACAGAGGGAGUAGUGUACUACGACGACUGUUACCAGUCAAGUACCUAACCAACGAAGAACUCACCAUGGGUCCAUGCCCGACAAGUGCGUGCGUGCGCUACCCGGCACCGAUCGGCACGGCGAGCCCGGGCUGUCGCAUCGUGGCCGGUCCGGUCGCAUCACUGCUCGACCACGACCGGGGCGGGUGGAGUUCUCGUGCAUGUGUGGACGCUGGAUGCCUUGCAGUCAAACUUUCCGGCACACCACUCACUCACUGACUCCACGCUCCCCUCCUCAUAUCACAUAUCCCCUCGCUCGUACCAUGAAUAUCGCAGUGAGUGGCACUAUUCUCCUCUAUCCAUUUGGUGCCGAGGAAAUAUCCCCUUCGUCAGUUUGUCACACGCUUCGUUGCCCACUGUAAUCCUCCCUUCCCUAUGGUCCUCCUCCCAUGGCUGGCGCCUUGCAUCUUCCUCUUGGCCGUCAUCGCCGCCGCGGCGGCAGACGGCGGCGCCGGCUGCACGCCCCGGAAAUGCGGCAACCUGGCCGUCUCCAUCCCGUUCGGGGUCGUCUCCGGCUCUGAGGAGAACCGGUGCGCCCAGCUCGGGUUCCAGGUCCACUGCAGCGACGGCGUCCCCUACCUCGGGUACUACGAGCGCGAGUUCGGGCUGCAGAUUCUCGACAUCUUCGUCCACAACGGCUCCCUGCUCGUCUCCGACGUCCACAAGCUCGGCGACUUCUCCAAUGGCUCCAGCUGCCAUGUCCCCACGGCCAACACCGCUACCAAAGUCGGGCACCCGUUCUCCAUUAGCGCCGUCAACCAGAACCUCAUCUUCUAGAACUGCGCCAGGGCGCCGGGGACGGCGGGGCUGGUGGACACGGUGUGCCGGAACAACACGUUUGUCCGCGCGGGGGGCUGGUACAACAAGUCCAGCGGCUACGAUUUGCCGGGCUGCAACGCCACCGCCGUGCCCGUGCUGGGGACGUCCGGCGUGGUGAAUGCCAGCGACUACGAGGAGCUCAUCCGGGAGGGCUUCCUCCUGACAUGGCAGCUGCCGCCUG